AUGUUCAAAUUGAAAAUCUGUUCUUAUGCUUCGCGAACAUAUAGCAGAAUGUUUUCUGACAUCAAGAUAGCAACUGAUAAAUUUGUGGGAGUUUUCAAUUCUCAGUUGACCGAAGAAGAGGCUCUUGAAAAUAUUAUUGUUGAAGAUUGCUUGCCAAAACCACGGACGUCAACAGAAGCAAGGAGACGAACGGACGUGGAAAAUGGUCGGGAUGAUAUUGGCAUUUUGGAUGAGCUCGAGAAAUUUGAGGUAGGUGUAUAUAAUUCUGUUUAUGAUACUUCAUUGCAAAGUUUGGAAAAGCGAUUUGCAGCCCACAAAAAAUUGUAUGUAGGUUUAUCAUUAAUAUGUCCGUCGAGAUUUGAAGAGAUAGGCAAAGCGACGACGCAAAUUUUUUUUCCGUAGACAGUCGGACUCCUCAUUGAUAGUCGAACGCAUCAUUGAUACGCGUCCAGGCCUCCGCGCGUUAUCAAUGAAUCCUUUCGUAUCCCACUGGUGCACCAUAUAUCCAUCACUCCACGUUGUUCUUCUUCGACCACGUGUAGAAAGAUGAACGAUUUACUUCGCGAUGCCAUAAUAAAUCUACAAACUUGUUUUUCUGGUUCCGAAAAUACUCAAGAACGGUUAUUGCGAGUUAAAACUAUAUAUCAUCCCUUUUGAAGAGAAUCAGGAUAAGAUAACUAGCAUGCAAGGAAAUAGUGGAAGAUUCAAAGCGACAAUCAAUAUCACUUUCCACAAUAGAAGUAUUGCAGAAUACCCUGUGUACGGAAUACAUAUCAUGUAGCCCGGCCACUAUUUCACUGGAUACGUAUAUACCAGAUCUUAUUGUCUCGUUCUAAUAUACAAGUUGAAACUAAUUACUAAGACAAUAUUACGAAUUGAUACUAUAAGGGAAAUAUCAUGGAAGACUUUAAUGUUUAAUAUUAUGCUUAGUAUGUUUUAUAAUAUAAAAUAUUUUCUCCCAACGACGCUAAUUAAUCAUAAUCUGUCAAACACCAAUGUCCGGUUGUGAGGAACAUAUUUGCAUAUUACACCACAUUUAAGCUCUCCGUAUAUAGCAUGAGAAUUUAAUCUAUUACUGCCAACUAAUUACUGCCACGCAAUCGCGUAUCCACUAACAUAUAGAGCUACCUAUAGCGUGAGAAUUUGAUCUAAUGUAUGCCUCGUUCUCAAAAUAAGUACUUGACUGCGUAUCCGCGUAUCCACUAGAAUAGAGAGCUACAUAUGACAAUUUAAUCUAUUAUUAAUGCUAAGUCACUAUAUACCUCGUAGCUACCUUUACCGGGCCACCAUCUAAUUAUUAAUCUAUUGAGAAUAAAUGUAGAUGUAUUAAUACAUCGUAUCCAUGAUGUUUGACAGGCAUAGCUUAAAAAGUGGAUUGGUAUUCUGCAAUGUGAAUCGCUCCUGUCGGAUGUCAUCACCACACAAGGUAUGAAGCCACAAUGUGUCCAGCUCAGAUUUUGAUAUCUCAACCAAGCAAUACUGAUUUUGAAAUCACCAAUUGCGAGCGACGAGUAUCCGCUGAAUAUUUUGUUUAAGUGCGCGGGUCAAUGAUGCGUCCGACUAUCAAUGAGGAGUCCGACUGUCUACGGAAACAAAAAUUGCAGCGACGACAAGGAUUUCUGUAACUGGACUGUUGGAUAUAUUUGGUGAUCAUAUAUCCGAGCCGGAAUCCCUAGAGCAAAAGCUUGUUACUUUCGCCAGUCAAAUAUUUAAGAACUGCGAUCUUUUUUCGCAAGAAGAUGAUUCCAGUGAGAAUUCAAACAACCUAGAAAGUGAAGUUCACAGUGCAGCGGAAGAAAUUAAGACUCAUGAGAGAACCGAACGGUGACAAUCUUGCGUUUGGAAAUGAAUCAACUCAACCAAGGACUCACGAAAGUAAUACAGCCAAUUAUGACCAUGAAGAGAAAAGAUGA